AUGUCCUAGCCUUACGUCCCUUAGGAAUUCAAUAAAGAAGAUGAAGAAUUAAAAUGUCAUCCAUCUUAGAGUGGGUCGACUGCAACUCCUACUCUAUUUGAAAAUGCUAAUGCAGCAAAAGCUUUUAGUACAGCAUUUUUUGAAGAUCAACUGCAUUAAGAAGGUUAUUAUAAUUUUGUAUUUCUUAAUAGAUGAUCUAUUUGAUGAAAUUAACUAAUAAUUAAACUAGGUAUUGAUCAAUGACACCUAAAGACCUUCUCUUGUCUCAGCAUUUUAAGCUGACAUGUAUUAUUGAACUGAAAAUCUAAUAGGUCAUCCUACUUAAGUCACGAGAAGUUGACCAAAAACUCCAGAAAAAUGUAAUUGGAGUACUAAAAUGCCAAUUUAAAAGAAAAAGAAUAUGUAUUCAAUACAUUUGUGAGAGCUGAUAUAGAAAAUAUAAGUUUGGAUAAGUAUAAGCAUUUCUUGCUUGAGAAAAUACUAGAAGUUGGUAUCUAUUAAUAAAAAUACUUUAAGGUCCUCCUUCUCAUAAAAAUAUAAUACUUGAUAGAAUAUUUUAAUCAAUAAAUAAGUUAAUAAAAGAUCUAUAUGCUUGUAAAGUAAUGCAAAAGGGAUUAGAAGUAAUGAUCUCGCAUCCUAAUGAUUCUCCAUAAUAAUUAGAGAAAUACCUAAAUUUUAUCCAUUCUGAUACACCUUAAAUGAAAAAAAUUUAUGUGGACAAAAUUGCAAAUCAAAUUAUUUAAAAAAGUCUUGAAGUUUUAGAAGGGAAUCAUUUAUAUAAACUCCUUUAAGUGGUUUCAAAAUAUGUAUUAUAUUACAAUAAUUCAUAGGUUCUCAACAACAACAAUGAAAAAUUUGAAUUAUCGACAGACUAAUAUGGAUGCUUAAUUGUGAAUAAGAUUAUUGAUAUAUAUCCUAAAUUAUUCGAUGUUUAAACAAAGACUUUAUGCAAUGAGAUCAUAACAAGAGCAAUUGAAAAUAGUUCUGGCCUAACCAGAAGAUAAUAUGCCAAUUAUAUUAUAUAAUCAAUAUUGGAGAAAGGGUAAGAGGUUCAUAAAAGAUUGUUGAUGGAUUAGUACCUCAUUAAGGAUUUUAUACCAAUGUCUAUGGAUAAAUAUGGUAGCAAUGUAGCAGAAAAAGCCAUUGUUUAUGGAGGCUCUUAAUGGAGGUAAAGAUUAUGGGAAGAAGUCACAGUCUCAGAAAGGUAGCAACUAUCCUUUAUGAUUAUAGCUCUUUUAAAAGAUUGGUCAAUGAUUAGUUUGCAAAUUAUCCGAUUCAAAGACUAUUUGAAUAUUUAGAUUAACCAUUAAGACAGGAAUAUUUGGCAUUACUAAAUAAAUUUUCAGAUAAUAACUAAUUAAAUAAUCAUGGUUAGAUUGUGUAAAAGUUUGCUUAAGCAAACUAUAAUGUCAAAAGAUAUACUUAAAAGAUAUUAUAGACUGAAAAGAACAAGCAAAUCAAAAAUAGUUAGAAAAAUUAAAAUCAAAAAUCGUAAACCAAAAGUUAAAAUAUAACUAACAAUCCUCAAAAAUAAUAAUAAAGUGACAAUGGAUUAAAAUAAAUGUAAUAAGAAUAGUUUUAGGUUAUGAUGAUGUAAUAGAUGAUGUAUUAUUAAUAAUAAUAACAGUUGUUAUUGCAAAAACAAAUGCCAUAAUUAUAUUAUCAAGAUUAAAAUUAUCUUCAUUAUGGAGCAAUGAAUUAAGAGUAAUAAAUGAUGAUGUUUCGUUGGUAAUAAUAAUAAUAAUAAUAAUAAUAUAUUUUUAAUCAAAAUAUGAAUUAGAAGAAUGGAUAAUGA